AUGAGUACAAUUGCGGCUGCUAGGCCGGUAGCGACGGUCUAUAGUGAAAAUGAACCAUCAGGCGUUCAAAUUGCUUUGCCGAUCGUGUACAAGGCACCAAUUCGACCUGACAUUGUUAAUUUUGUUCAUAUGAAUAUGGCAAAAAAUCGUCGACAUCCAUAUGCUGUUUCAAAGGAAGCCGGACAUCAAACAUCUGCUGAAUCUUGGGGAACUGGUCGUGCUGUGGCUCGUAUUCCACGUGUACGAGGAGGUGGAACUCAUCGUUCGGGACAGGGUGCAUUUGGAAAUAUGUGCCGUGGUGGACGCAUGUUUGCCCCAACAAAAACCUGGCGUAGAUGGCACCGAAAGAUACAUGUAAACCAGCGUCGCUAUGCCAUUUGUUCUGCUAUUGCCGCUUCUGGCAUUCCAGCAUUGGUGAUGUCCAAAGGACAUAAAAUUGAAGAAAUCCCUGAAGUACCUUUGGUUGUAAGCAACAAAGUCCAAGAAUAUACUAAAACAAAGCAAGUAGUAGAAUUUUUACGCAAAAUCAAGGCCUGGUCCGACAUUGAAAAGGUGUACAAUUCUAAGAGGUUUAGAGCCGGUAAAGGUAAGAUGAGAAAUCGUCGCCGAAUUCAAAGGUUGGGACCCGUCAUUGUUUAUCGUAAAGAUCAAGGACUCACAAGGGCGUUCAGAAAUAUUCCUGGUAUUGAAACAAUUAAUGUAGAAAAGCUGAAUUUGCUUAGAAUAGCACCUGGUGGACAUGUGGGACGUUUUGUGAUUUGGACAGAAGGUGCUUUCAAGAGAUUAGAUGCUUUGUAUGGCACAUACAAAAAGGCAUCACUUAAGAAGAAAAAUUACAACCUCCCAAUGCAUAAAAUGACCAAUACUGAUUUAGCUAGAUUGAUUAAAGGUCCUGGAUUGAGAAAGGCAAUUGGAAAACCAAAGUAA